GGUUCUCUUCAAACUUAUGCAUACUAUACUAUACUAUACUCUACUCGAAUCGCCUGUGCGUUCGCUCAAAUUAAAGUUCAAAUCAUACUCAAAUUAAGGAGUUUUGCUCGCGGCGCGGCAAAGGAAUUAAACAAGAUACCUUUUUUUGCCUUGCUUCUGUUGCCUUUCUCUUUAUUCCUUUCUUUUUCCGAAGGAAAUCUUCAGUUCAAAAGUCCUAAGAAAAGGGGGGAGCAAAAGGCCUUUUCUGCCUCUUUAUCUUCUUCAGCAAUACCAGCGAAUUUUUGAUUGUGAUGCGACAUGAAGUCUUCCUGUAUACUUCCCUUAUCAGAUCCUAAAAGCAGAUGGCUAAGCAGCCUUAUCAUAAGCAUCUCUUUGGUUUGUGGUGUUUACUUGGUUAGAAGUGCAUGGCUGAGGAAAGAUUUCAUCAAGUUUUCACCUGUAUUUGGGCAGAAGACCGUAGAUCAAGAUACAAUUUCUCAUGAAUGCAAGGAUAAUUGGCGACCCAUGGGCACUGAAGCUUUGCCAAAAGGAAUUGUUUCAGUUUCGUCAAACUUGGAAAUGCAUCCGUUGUGGGGACCUGUUUCUGAGCAUAACAAAUCACAUCAGCCAACAGGUUUGCUGGCCAUGGCAGUUGGGAUAGAUCAAAAGGGAGUAGUAAACCAAAUAGUUAAAAAGUUUCUGGAAAAUGAUUUUGUUGUGAUGCUUUUUCAUUACGAUGGGGUUGUGGAAAAAUGGAAUGAUUUGGAAUGGAGUGACAGGGCCAUUCAUGUCUCUGUUGUAAACCAAACAAAAUGGUGGUUUGCCAAACGGUUCCUACAUCCGGAUAUUGUUGAUGAUUAUGAGUAUAUAUUUCUGUGGGAUGAGGACCUCAAACUUGACAAUUUUCAUCCAGCACGGUAUCUAUCUAUAGUCAAGGAAGAAGGUCUCGAAAUAUCCCAGCCUGCUCUUGAUCCUGGUAAAUCUGAGGUGCAUCAUCCGAUUACCGUACGCAGACAGAGGUCAAGGUGUCACAGGAGAUACUAUAAGUUUAAAGGUGGUGGAAGGUGUGAUGAAAACAGUACAGCUCCCCCGUGUGUUGGCUGGGUGGAAUUGAUGGCACCUGUUUUCACGAGAGCGGCCUGGCGUUGUGUUUGGCAUUUAAUACAGAAUGACUUAAUCCAUGCUUGGGGCCUGGAUAGGCAACUUGGUUAUUGUGCGCAGGGUGAUCGGACUGUUAAAGUUGGUGUGGUUGAUGAGGAGUAUAUUGUUCAUCUCGGUCUCCCUACUCUUGGUGGCUUUUUGGAUAGAAGUAAGGAAAAGGCCGAGUUGGGUGAUCAAUCUUCUCGUUCUAAGAGUUUGUCAGAUUCAGAGUCAUUGGAAGGUGAUAUGUACAAAUUUGAUAACCGGUCUGCAGUGCGGCUACGAUCCUAUAUUGAAAUGGGUAUGUUUAGGGAUAGGUGGAAUAAAGCUGUUAAUGAAGACGAAUGCUGGGUCGACCCGUUCAAACAGCCAGCCUGCACAACAAAAUGUUAGUUUUGUACAGACCUAGAGUAGAAUCAUUUUGUGAACAUGAUUUUAACUUUUUCUCCUUGUUUGGUGAGUUGAAAAGAAGUGGUUUGUUGUUGUCA